GUGGAUCCCGGUAGAAACACUGAUGUUGAUGAUAAAUACUGCUGUCAUCUCAACCAGAUCACAUUCACUGCUUCAUCAUGGACUUCGAUCUGUGCUCAGCUGUUGGAGAUGAUGAGGUGAAGAAGCAGGAGGGCAACGAGGUGGAGGGCAUCUUUGGGUUUGGAAAAAAAGAUAAAGACAAAGAAGAAAAAGAUAAAGAGUGUAAGGACAAAGACAAAGGUAGUGACAAGCCAAAGAGUGAUUGCAAAGAAGAGGAUAAAGACAAGGACGAGUGCAAAGACAAAGAGAAGGACAAGUGCAAAGACAAAGAGAAGGACAAGUGCAAAGACAAAGAGAAGGACAAGUGCAAAGACAAAGAGAAGGACAAGUGCAAAGACAAAGAGAAGGACAAGUGCAAAGACAAAGAGAAGGACAAGUGCAAAGACAAAGAGAAGGACAAGUGCAAAGACAAAGAGAAGGACAAGUGCAAAGACAAAGAGAAGGACAAGUGCAAAGACAAGGAAAAGAAGAAGGAUAAAGAGCACAAAAAGGGGCACGGUCAUGGACACGGACAUGGUCAUGGUCGGGGACGUGGACGCGGACACGGACACAGGUCAUCCUCUUCAUCCAGUGAUGAGGACUAAAGCUGAAGACAUAAGAGGGCCGGGGCAAGUUGUCACACAGGGAAAAUGUCCUAAGGGAUUUAUUUUUAUAGCAACUGUGAGGUUUUGAGUCAAAAAAUCCAAUUGCACAAAUGCUUGUUUUCUAGCAGUGGUUUUAUAUGUUGUUUCAAACACCUAGUUGCAACAUUUGUAUUAAAUUAGGAUAAUAUUUUUGGAAUUGUGUCCUACAAACUAAAAUUUCAGUACUAUUAUCUUUUUAUAAAUUGGUCUGAGCUGUUACAUGAGUUUUGUGAUGUACUGCAUAUAAAGUAUCUAUGAAAAUCUCCUGUUAUUUUUUGUAACAUUUAAAUUUUUUUGCUGUUUGUUUUACUGUUAAAGACAUUAUAUAGCCUCUAAUACAUAAUAAUAAUGUUAAUAAUGUUUGUUUUCUCAAAACAAUUCCCAUUCUUAUGAUUUAUCCCAUAUAUAGUGACAACAUGGCCCACUAAACAUAAGUCAACAUAAUGAACUGUAGCCUAUAUUUAUACUGGAUAAUAAUGAUAGAUAUGUCCAAUAGUUGUUUCAGGGUGGUGACUAUUGAAAAAGUGACAUAAGUGACUUUUCAAAAUAAACUUAAUGUGAGAAAUUAAUUGGUAUAAAAA